AUGUCCCUGACCGAGACGUUGCAAUUGGUUCAGGUGGCAUCAAUGCUCCAGUUGGACGACAUGAUCCCUGAGCUGAUUGACUUAGUUUGGCAGGCCAUGUCUUGCGGAGCUGAUAUCGCAGAAUUGAAGGUGGCAUGUGAAAAGCUUGAGCUGGAGCCCCAGGACCCCCAGGCGGAAAUUGGAGGACGUGCACGCGACGCAUGCGACGCAUGCGACGCAUGGCUGCCGGAAUUCCCCGGCGUGCGGCGACAUGUGUUGCUGGCAAGCUUUCUGGCGGGUGGCACCUCAGGGCUUAUUGCUUCCUAUGGCCUUUUGAGAUGGAGAGAGGGUUGCCCUGAAUUUGUGCGCAGACAAAUAGAGGCGAGGCGGCAAAAACUGCCAGAGCGCGUCAUUUUAGUUCGACACGGACAAUCAGAAGGGAACAUUGACAGGACGCUCUUCAAGAAAAAAGGCGACAACCUGAUGGAACUCACUGAGUUGGGCAGCCGGCAGGCCAAAGCAGUUGGGCGACGCAUCAAAGGAGUGGUUGGAGACAAGAAGGUUCACUUUUAUGUCUCACCUUUCCAGCGAACUCUUCAAACUGCAAGGAAUAUCAUUUUCUCGAAUUUCGAUCCAGAUCAAGUCGUCCACGUCUCCGUUGAUCCACGGAUUCGGGAACAAGAAUUUGGAAAUUUACAAGGUGACAAUUUCAUUGGGCUUCGCGAGGAAAGGACAAAGAUCCGGAGGUUUUGGUACCGAUUUCCUACUGGCGAAAGUGGUGCAGAUGUCUAUGAUCGGACGAAACAAUGGUGGGAUUCAAUGAUGCAGAGACAUUACUACGAAGACAACAAGGCCAAAGCAGUCGUUGUCGUUACACAUGGCCUGGCAAUGCGGCUAAUUCUGAUGCAGUUGUUUCACUGGUCUCCCAACACCUUCCACACGGUAUGGAAUCCUGACAAUUGCGCCAUGUACGUCUUGAAGAAGAACACCUCCAGCAAUGCCGUGUACCCGUACUACCUGGACGAUGUUGAAGGUGACAGAGCCAUGUCGUCCAUUGACCUGGUCGUUACCUUCAGAGAUGAUUCCAUGAGAAAGAUGACCCUGGUGGAUUACUUGUCCAUUCCUCCGCCCAGAACUUUGCAGCUACAGGCGGUGAAGAAUCUGCUUGCCGAGCAGUAUGGGCUGGACCCGGACGACAUCAAGGGCAUUGUAGCGUGGCUGCCUCCUGCCAUCCAAGAGCUGGCGGCGGCCGCCAGGCCUUCACUACCAGAGCCUGCAGGAUUACCUGACACUGAACAGGUGCGCGGCAUGAUUUCAAGCGCACUGCACACCGCAGAUGGCAAGGUUUGGCGUGUGGUGCAGAAGGUCAUCGAUCGCCGGGAGGCUUGGCCCAGGUUGGCCCGGGAGAACGCAGCGAUGCUGCUUGCUUUCGCCAAAGGUGCUCAUGGCAGCAUCAGGGCCAUGCCGCACACAGGUUUUUUCUGGGGCAGCAGAGAUUUCCUGUACCUCGUGUGCCGGUACAUCAGAACCAGGCCAGAGUUUUUCCAUGCCAUGGUCACUGCCAUGUUUGAGCAGGUUUGUAGCAUGGAUCCUGAACUUCCAGCGGAGGUCAUUGAUGCCGUGUUCAAGGAAUUGUUGGUUCAUGAAGGACUAACGUUUGCUCAGUGCGAGCAUGUCAUGGACAAACUCAUGCAGAGGGGCGAGCAAAUGGAGUAUCUCUUUCACGAAUGGUCUGGAGUCUUCCCGACCUUGCCUGCACAUGCACGACAGGCACUGGCCAAGGGAUUGUUGCCCCUCGUGGGUCGGUGUCCACAUGCAGCUUUGGACUUCGUCCUAAAGGAGCUGGAUGCAAUUCCGCUGGUAGAAGGUGCGGUUGGGACGGGGUGGUAUGCUUGGUAUGCACUCCACUGCCUUUAG